AUGGCUAAGAAUGAAGCGCCGACCAUUGGCGUGAAACUGUUCGUGGACAAGGAGAGGAGGAAGGUGCUCUUCGCAGAGUCCGACAAGGAGUUCGUCGACGUGCUCUUCGGCUUUCUCACCAUGCCUCUCGGCACCGUCGUUCGCCUGCUGGACAAGCAGUCUCAGAUGGGGUGUCUCGACGAGGUGUACAAGAGCGUGGAGGAUCUCAGCGCCGACUACUUCCAGACCAAGGCCUGCAAGGGGAUGCUUCUGAAACCGCUCAACGCGGCUUCCAGCCACUGCUGCCGUCUCAAGGUUAACGUGGAUGGCACCGUUCCAAGGGUGAUUUACGUCUGCAAAGACACAUCCUGCAGCUUCCACAGCGACAACGCAUUCAGUUCGUUCCCUGACACUGUCUGCAAGUGCGGAAAGGUCAUGGAGUCCUUUGGGCAGUGCCCAAAAUACGAUGGUGACUCCGAAACUGUUCCUGCUUGUUCAGAGGAUGGAGUUUUUGUCAAAGGUUGCUUGAAGUUCAUCGUCACCGAUGAUCUCCAGGUUGCCCCAGCGUCGACCUCUCUUAUGAUGUCUCUCUUCGAGAAAUUUGGUGUGCGCGAUCCAGCUGUUCUUGAGCAGCAGGUUCUACAGUUGAGUUCAGAAAAGAUAACAAGCUUGCUGAAGCGAUCGUUGACAUCCAAGCAACCUCUGACGGAGCACUAUUUCGAUGUUCUGGUCUCACACGAUGAUGCAAGCCUAGACACACUUGCUGGCAACCUGUAUCCUAAACAAGAAGAUGAUGGCGAGGAAAGUCUUGGAAACCUGAAGAUCAUGGUUCUUCAGAUGAAAGACAACUCUGCUCUGUUGUAUGCUGAAGUUGAUGGCGAUUUCGUGGAUUGUCUCUUUGGCUUGUUAAGCAUUCCACUGGGAUCGGCAAUAAAAUCAUUUGGUCAGUGCUCAACAAAAGGGUGCCUCGAUAAUCUUUACAGGAGCAUAGAUGGGAGUGCUAAAGAAUUCAUCAGACAAGAUUGCCAGAGCCUCCUACUUGCCCCAGUGUUGGCACCCUUCUUUGGUUGUGGCGCUUCUAGGAUCCUUCAGGUUGACGAAUUAGCUCCAAGAGAACUGUCGAUCAAUGCCUGCUUUGCGUGCUUCAAGAUCGGAGGGUUUUCAGAUUUUGUCCGUUGUCAUGGGAGCACUUACAACCAUACUUACCGACGGUAUGAUCCUAGUUGCCCAAAUAAGGUGAAGUCCGUCAAACUUUGUGAGGCGAGUCCAAAACAACAAAAUGGCGGAAGCGAAAAAGGAGAAGCAUACGUGAACGGGGAGCAGACCAAAUUCGUAGUCACUGAUGACCUGCAUAUUCUUCCAUUAUCCUUAGCAUCCACUGUGCAGAUUGUUAGUGAGGCCAAAAUUCAGACGUCGAAUCUCGUGGAGAAAGAAAUCACACUGACAAAGUCCCAGGUUAUGGGGCUACAAAGGGCUGUGCUGCUGAGUCGCAACACACUCAGCUCCGUGCUUCUGCCUCCUAAGAAGAUUAAGAAGCUGAACCAUCUCAGAUAUUAGCACUAUAGCAGUCGCUGCUCUUCUCAAUAAUUAACCACAAUGUGUUCCCCUUGUGACUACAUCUGUGUCGCAGCUCUUCUCAAUAAGUAACAACAAUAGCAAUA